GAAUGUUCUUCUGAACCCCUUGCCUCGCUGUACAACGCAUAUACACAGGCAUUGCCGGCAAAGCUCCUUCCACCUUCCCAAAUUUUUAUUUUUUAGAGGAUUAAACGAGAGCGCAAGACAAAGAAAUCUUUCCUUCUCUAACGUCGUCGUUCCCAUUCUUUAAUUGAUCGUUUUUGCAUUUUAAAAAUAAUGGCGGAUCAGUGCAUGCCAGGAUGGAUCUUAGCUACUCUGUUUGGUCUCUCUGUUAUCUAUUAUUUGGUAACCAAGAAGAAGGAACAGAGAGCUAGUAAGGAUUUGUUGGAGGCGAGAAGCGAGUACGUUAAUAGCAUAGCCACCACCAGUGGAGAAUGCAGAUCCAGUAAUGUUUCCGAUGUCGACGUUAUCAUUGUCGGCGCCGGUGUUGCUGGCGCCGCUCUCGCUCAUACUCUUGGCAAGGAUGGACGUCAAGUGCACGUCAUUGAAAGAGACUUGACUGAGCCUGAUAGGAUUGUGGGUGAAUUGCUACAGCCAGGGGGUUACCUUAAGUUAAUUGAAUUGGGACUUGAAGAUUGUGUGGAGAAAAUUGAUGCUCAGAGGGUGUUUGGUUAUGCACUUUUCAAGGAUGGAAAACAUACUCGACUCUCUUAUCCUUUGGAAAAGUUCCACUCAGAUGUAGCUGGAAGGAGCUUUCACAAUGGACGUUUCAUACAGAGAAUGCGGGACAAAGCUGCGUCCCUCCCCAAUGUACAAUUGGAGCAAGGAACUGUCAUAUCUCUACUUGAAGAUAAAGGGACUUUUAGAGGCGUGCAGUACAAAACAAAAGAUGGGCAAGAGCUGAAGGCAUUUGCACCUCUGACAAUUGUUUGUGAUGGCUGUUUCUCAAACCUGCGCCGCUCCCUUUGCAACCCUAAGGUGGAUGUGCCCUCUUGUUUUGUUGGCAUGGUCCUGGAGAAUUGCCAGCUUCCAUGUGCAAAUCAUGGGCAUGUUAUCUUAGGGGAUCCGUCCCCGAUUUUGAUGUAUCCUAUUAGCAGUACCGAGGUCCGCUGUCUGGUUGAUGUACCUGGUCAGAAGGUUCCUUCCAUUUCAAGUGGUGAAAUGGCAAAAUAUUUGAAGACUGUGGUGGCACCUCAGCUUCCCCCAGAAGUUUAUGAUGCCUUUCUAGCUGCUGUUGAUAAAGGAAAUAUAAGGACAAUGCCAAACAGAAGCAUGCCAGCUGCUCCUUAUCCUACUCCUGGUGCAUUGUUGAUGGGCGAUGCAUUCAACAUGCGUCAUCCUCUUACCGGGGGAGGAAUGACUGUUGCAUUGUCUGACAUUGUUGUUUUACGGAAUCUUCUCAGGCCUUUGCGCAACCUUAAUGAUGCACCUACACUCUGCAAAUAUCUUGAAUCUUUCUACACCUUGCGCAAGCCUGUAGCAUCCACAAUCAAUACACUGGCAGGUGCCCUCUACAAGGUUUUUUGUGCUUCACCUGAUCAAGCAAUGAAGGAAAUGCGUCAGGCGUGCUUUGAUUAUUUAAGUCUUGGAGGCGUAUUUUCAGCAGGACCCGUGUCUUUGCUCUCAGGCUUAAACCCCCGCCCGUUGAGCUUGGUUGCCCACUUCUUUGCGGUUGCUAUAUACGGGGUUGGGCGUUUGUUACUGCCAUUCCCUUCACCUAAACGCAUCUGGAUUGGAGCUAGAUUGAUUUCAGGUGCAUCGGGAAUCAUCUUCCCCAUCAUUAGGGCAGAAGGAGUUAGACAGAUGUUCUUCCCUGCAACUGUUCCAGCAUAUUAUAGAGCUCCUCCAGUCAAGUGAGAUUCAUUCGGCAAGAUGUGGAGAUAGCGUAAGCCACUUCUGUUCCCACUCCUUCCCUCGUUGAAAGUCGUCUGGGUGAGGGUGAAUGCUUCGAAGAAUAACUGUGCAUUAUUAUAGAUUUUUGCUGCUAGGAUGUUCAUAAAACUUCAACUCUGACCAAUAAAUAUAAUAUGAAUUAUACAUCAAAUAACUGCUUCAUGUUUUGUUUCAUAUUUUACAAGACAUGUCCCAUGAAACAUCAUAUUCUUUAAACAAUAAUUUUGGAGGAAAGAUUUUUAUCAUUUUCAAUUUUUUCA